AUAUUUUUGGACCUUCCGGCCCGCCAUACCUUUGUUCAUGCUUAUAAGCCCUCAGUUUUCCCUUAACCUUCAGCAAAAGAGUUUUGAAUCACGCUGGCUCUCUCGCGAGAAGUGAAUCAGAGUUUCUCUCUGUUGCAAGGCAUGUGAUUGGCUGUUCACCACUGAUGUCACACAUUCAUGUGCACGAGCUCCACAAACUCAGGAUCAAAGCCUGAGUUGACAGAGAAAGUUGAUGAUAAGCAUCAUGGUACCAACAAAGCCAGAUUGGAGUGGUUUGGUUUUGUCAAUUCGAAACUAAUCCUAUAACCCUGAGUUUGUUCAACUACCAUCAUGGUACAGGCCCCCGGAUGAAGUAAAAACUCUCAAAACAACUACAACAGGCUUGCAAACUCACAGGCUCCUCAUGUAAGAUAGCUACUCUUAUCUUUUACACCAGAGGCGAGGCGUGUUUUCUCAUGGAAUCUGUGACAUUGCCACGAAAGUGAAACAACGCUGGUUCGUUUGGGUUUGGUCACUGGAUAAGGUUUUCACAGAAAUCGCCCGUUUAACUCAGCUAUAAUCGAUUUGGGCGGAUACUGAAAAACAAUCCUGCCGCUGUGAUAAAUAAGACCUGCGGUUCGUUCAGUGAGAAGUAACGCGGAGGGAAAGAGAGAGCAUCGGUUACUUUCAUCUCUUCAUACAGUAUAAGACACGUUAUAAAUUUAGGGUAAUCAAACAGGAAGAGCUAGAGAGAGCCAGCAUGUCUAAUUCCAGACUAAUGCCUUCCCCCAUUUGUUUGGUGGAGAAUGUGAACGGAUCGCUCUGCGUCUGUAAGGAUGCCAUUGAGUUCCUGAGUAGAAUCAAGGAGCCGGUGGUUGUAGUGUCUGUGGUGGGACUCUACCGUACGGGGAAGUCCUACCUUAUGAACCGCCUGGCAGGACAACAGUCAGGCUUUGCUCUCGGUAACACUAUUGAGUCGAAAACCAAAGGCAUCUGGAUGUGGUGUGUCCCUCACCCCAGAAAACCAAGACACACUCUGGUGCUGCUGGACACAGAGGGACUCGGUGAUGUGGACAAGGGAGACUCUAAGAAUGACGGCUGGAUCUUCUGUCUGGCUGUUCUGCUCAGCAGCACUCUGGUGUACAACAGCCGUGGCACCAUCGAUAACAAUGCAGUGGAAAAUCUGCACUAUGUUAGUGAGCUCGCUGAGAAGAUCAAGAUCAGAUCGGCAGAAGCAGCAGAAGAGGAAGAGGACGAUUCAAAAUAUGUGAUUUUCUUCCCAUCAUUCAUCUGGGUGGUUAGAGAUUUCACCUUGAAACUGGAAAUUGAUGGAAAGAAAGUGACUGAGGACAAGUACCUUGAGUUUGCGCUCCAGCUGAAGAAAGGUGUAAAUAAGAAAACCAGCGAGUACAACCUGCCCCGUCAAUGCAUCCGAACCUAUUUCCCAUCCCGGAACUGUUUCGUGUUCCCAUCUCCAGCCUCACCUGAAAACAUGACACGCUUAGAAAGCUUGAAAGAACGGGACCUUGUACCAGAUUUUCUGGAGGUCACAGGUCGUUUUUGUGACCACAUCUUUGACAAGAGUUUAGUGAAAACACUGAAAGGAGGACACAAAGUUACUGGCAAAUUGCUCGGGAAUCUGGUGCAGAUUUAUGUGGAUACAAUCAGCAGUGGGAAGGUGCCCUGUCUGGACAAUGCAGUGGUUACUCUGGCAAAUCUAGAGAACCAGGCAGCUGUUCAAGAAGCUUUCAAAGUGUAUCAGAGUGGGAUGGAAGAGGUGAAGAAUACGUUCCCAGUAAGUGUGGAUGAUAUUUCCUCAGAGCACCAGAAGUUCAGCAGUCUGGCCACCGCUGAGUUCAUGAAACGCUCCUUUAAAGAUGAAAAAGGAGAAUACCUAACAAAACUGGUGGAAAACAUAGAUAUAUGCUAUGUAGACCUGCUGAAAGAGAAUGAGAUGGCAUCAGAGAGAAAGUGCAGAGAUCUGCUGAAGAAUCUGUUCUCUGACAUGAAUAAACGGCUGCAGAAUGGAGAGUACAGUCAGUCUGGAGGAUAUGAACUCUACUGCAGAGACAGAGACGCCGUCGUUGAGCAGUACCGCAGAGAACCCAACAAAGGUGUAUCGGCUGAGGCUGUGCUGAAUGAGUUUCUGAAUGAGCGAGGAGCUGAAGCAAACAGCAUCCUCUACACAGAUACAAAACUUACUGAAAACGACCGAAAGAUUCAAGAGGAGAAGGAGAAGAAUGCUCUGCUGAAACAGAAGUGCAAAGAGGAAGAGGAGAAACGUAUUGAGAGUGAACGAAUGGUACAUGUAGAAAAAAAGCGUCAGGAGGACCGAAUGAGGCAGAUGGAGGAGAAGUUCAGACAGGAGAUGGAGCAGCAGCAGCAAGAGAUGGACAGAGCCAUUGAGAGCAAACUGAAGGAGCGGGAGGAGUUACUAAACAAAGGCUUUAGGGAGAAAGCUGACCUUAUGGAUGAAGAGAUAAACAAUCUUAAAAAAGAAAAGGAAGAGAAAAGUUCUGGCGGUUUUAUGAAGGAUUAUGUGAUGCCUGUUGUCAGUGCUAUAACAGACAUCCUUCCUGCCUUCCUCCAAUACAAGGUGCUGAUGAAAGGACUCUAAAAACCAUAAAUACCCCUUCAGUGCUUCACUGUUAAAUUACAAAUUGAUUUGUUUAUAGUUAUACCUUAUAAAACACAAUUAUCAAUAGGUUUCUAUUUACUAGGAUUUAGUUUGUUAUUGAGUAGUGUCCUAGUUCAUAUUCUUACACUGUACUGUACACAAAAAUGAUGUACUGUUUUGCUGGUGAUGGGAAAAUCCAUAGUUUUUUGUAGUAUGACAUGUAAGUUUGCUUGUAUUUAGUAGACCUGAGGUUUGCAUUUGGAUGUAACCAUUGCAUUUAUCAAACAAUCUAUUAUAAUCAUUAAAUUAACCAGAUUAAAUUAUUAUUAUUUUUAUUAUUAUUAUUAUUAUUAUAUUAUUAUUUAACUUGUAGGUUCAUACAUCUUGAAGCUGUUGUCACAUUUUCCUUUUCUCCCUUUUCCCAUUUUUUGGAGUCAAUUUGACUCCAGACUUAGAAGCUGAUGUAAACAACUUAUACACUCCAUUUAUUUUUUAUAAAUAUAUUUUUAAAAAUGGCCGCAUUUGAAUCACACCAUCAUUAUACAAAUUUGUGGGCCAAACUAAAAGACUAUUUUUUCACAUUACACAGUCAAGCCAAUGUUUUUUUUUUAAUUUUUUUUAUUUUUUUAUAAAUAUAAAUGCAACUUCCUAACAAGUAGCUUUGUAAGAACUUUACUUUAAUGGUGGUGUAACCCUUAUUUUCUGCUGUAUUCAUUCCAGUCUCUUCAGUGUGGAUAACAUAAAUAAAACACGGGUUACAAUG